AUGGAGAAUGCGCAGGAGCAAGAGCGCAUGCGCAAGCUCGAGUUUCUCCUACAGCGCUCGGGCAUCUACUCACGCGUGAUGGGCGAAAAACUUCAACGCUCCAAGCCGGACGAGGAGCCCCCCGCCAAACGCGCACGGACCGAGGCGGAGCUCGGCACGCUCGCGUCCAUUGCGCGGCGCGAGCAGCCCGCGCUGGUCACUGGUGCGGUGCUUAAGCCGUAUCAGAUGGAUGGGCUAAUCUGGCUGAGCAGUCUGUACGAAAAUGGGCUGAACGGCAUUCUUGCGGAUGAAAUGGGGUUGGGAAAAACGCUCCAGACCAUUUCGUUCCUUGCGCAUCUGCACGAGAAGAACGUCGAGGGACCAUUCCUUAUUGCCGCGCCGCUCUCGACGACGUCCAACUGGCAGAACGAGUUUGAAAAGUUUGCGCCCGAGAUACCCACGAUGCUCUACCACGGUGACAAGGCAGAGCGUACGGCGAUGCAAAAGAAACUAUCGGGAUCCUCACGCACCAAGCAAAAGGUGUCGGUCGUCAUUACGUCGUUCGAUAUCAUCAUCCGCGACCGCCAGUUCCUCUCCAAGCUCCAGUGGAAGUUUGUCGUGAUCGACGAAGGACACCGACUCAAAAACCUCAACUGCCGUCUUCUCCGCGAGCUAAAGCAGUUCAAAACCGGAAACCGCCUGAUUCUGACCGGUACACCGCUGCAUAACAACCUCGCCGAGCUAUGGUCGCUGCUCAACUUUGUCUUGCCGGAUAUCUUUGACGACCUCGCGACGUUUGAAGAGUGGUUCAAUUUUGGCGCGGCAGAAGAGGACAACGGCGAGGCCGCCUCGGCCACCAGCUCGUUUGCGACUUGGAGUACCGAUACGGCGCAGCGCGUCGUGAAACAGCUCCAUGAUAUCCUUAAGCCAUUCCUCCUGCGGCGCGUCAAGGCCGAGGUCGAGCGCGAUAUGCCGCCCAAGAAAGAGUACCUUCUCUAUGCCCCACUGUCGGAGCAACAGGCACAGAUGUAUAAUCAUGUGGUCAAUGGCACUUUUCGCGACUGGCUCCUAACGCACAAGUCGGGUCUGACACUCAGAGAGCUCGAGGAACUGCGUGCGGACCCACCUAGUGCAUCCAUGGCCACGUCCAAGUCGCGCACUCGCCAGGGACCAACGCAGAAAAAGCUCGCGCAAUGGAAGCGCCUCGAAGAGGCCGAACGGCAUAUUCGUGCUAUGCGCCUGGACAAUGCCAUGAUGCAGCUGCGCAAGAUUUGUUGCCAUCCAUACCUACUCGACUGGCCGACGAGGCCUGGAACGGACGAGCUGCGUACUGACUAUGCCAUUACCCAAGCGAGCGGCAAGAUGCGCAUGUUGGACCAGAUCCUCGAUGCGCUCUUUGCACAAGGCCACCGCGUCCUUGUGUUUUCUCAGUUUACGACUAUGCUGGACAUUCUCGAGCUCUGGGCUAAAGACCAAAAACACUGGGAGCCCUACCGCAUCGAUGGCAGCACACCGCAGGCGGAGCGAGCAAGCCAGGUUGACGAGUUUAAUCAGCGCCCGUUCUCCGCGAAGCGUGCGCUCUUUUUGCUGAGUACGCGUGCUUCCGGCCUCGGGAUCAAUUUGAUGGGGGCAGACACCGUGGUCUUUUUCGACAGCGACUGGAAUCCGCAAGUGGAUCUGCAGGCGCAGGACCGCGUCCACCGCAUCGGCCAAACCAAGCCUGUCCUCGUAUUCCGCCUCGUUGCGUCGGACACGGUCGAGCAGGAUAUCCUCAAGAAAGCGCGGGCGAAGCGUGUGCUCGAGGCCGUGGUCAUCCAAAAAGGCAAGUUCCGCAACCCCAUUACCCACUCCAAAAUCAACCAUAACAAGGCCGAAGAUUCGUCCGGUGCGCUCUCUGCACCUACGCAAAUCGAUGUCCAGGCGCUGGACGACGAGCGCCUGAUGUCCGACACGGACCUCAACCGCCUGCUGGACCGCAGCGCUGACGCAUACGCCCGUCAAUUUGGGUGGCAAUCUACCGAAGGAACUAAAUCCGGCACGCAAAAGUACUCGGACAAUGCGCUCUUUGAAGUCACAGAAACCUCCAACGAGGCCGCCAACCCGACACUCGCACGGAUCUUUUCUGGCGACGUCGAUCCAUAG